GGGCAGAAAUUAACCCUGCCCUAACGGCAACUGGCAGCACUCAUGCGCGAUCCAAAGAUGGAACCACUAACGUACGAAAGUGUGGAGGAAAACUGUCAAACUUUUCUCGAUGCACUACUUGCUGACCUUCAGAAUACGGUUCCUGGACACAAUCAGCAGCAUGGCGGUGGUGGCGGUUCAUCUGUUCCCGGAUACGGUAGUCUGAAUGGGGUCCGGAACAAGCAACAGACCAGUCCCAUUCCGCAAACAUAUCAAAAUACAUCGACUAAAACGGUUACCGAGACGCGUGCCACUAACGGUUACAAUGGUUCGCUACCUCGGUCAACCACACCGCAUAACUCCUUGCCACGAUCGAGCACUCCGCAGAAGCUGCAAACCUCUGCUUCCGGCAAUCUUUCCGAGCUUGACUCACUGCUGCAGGAUUUGAGCAGCGCUCGAUACGGCAAUGUCGUCGAAAAACAACCUAAUAACGCCAUCGUCACUAGUCCAUCUCCGUAUGCCAUUAAUGAUAGCAUUAAGCGACCCUCGGUAGACAGCUUGCUGGAGGAGCUAAGCAAUGCUCACUCGAACCCGAUUUAUGCGGUUCCACACGGGAAUCAAAAUGCAAACCAACCGGGCCGGCAGGUUACGAUAACGGUGCGUGAAACUACGACGGAAAAGCUUACCGGUACACCAAGUGCUCAGUAUCAAAAUCAGAUGUAUCAACAACAGCUGACCCAAAACGAAUCACACACUUCGUCGGCCACGAAGGAAUUGGAUGAUCUGAUGGCGUCACUGUCGGAUUUCAAGAUCAGUGCCGGGACCUCGCAUCAGCACCAGUCGGUGACGGAUUACGCGAAGCCAAACCAGGGCACCUCGCACUACCAGAGUACGCUGACGACGGUUUCGACCACCGAACACUUGCCACCGUCGUCCGAUCAGCUCGAUUCUAUGCUCGGCAAUCUUACCGCCGACAUGAGCCGCCAGGGUGUGAACACGACGCAGAAGGGCUGCUGCAGUGCCUGCGACAAACCGAUCGUCGGCCAGGUAAUAACGGCACUCGGCAAAACGUGGCAUCCGGAGCAUUUUACCUGCAGCCACUGCAAUCAGGAGCUGGGCACGCGAAACUUUUUCGAGCGCGACGGUAACCCGUACUGUGAGCCGGACUAUCACAAUCUCUUCAGCCCGCGGUGUGCGUACUGCAAUGGACCGAUACUGGAUAAAUGUGUAACGGCGCUCGAGAAAACGUGGCACACGGAGCACUUCUUCUGUGCCCAGUGUGGCCAACAGUUUGGCGAGGAUGGAUUCCACGAGCGCGACGGUAAACCGUACUGCCGCAACGACUACUUCGACAUGUUCGCCCCGAAGUGUAACGGCUGCAACCGGGCCAUCAUGGAGAACUACAUCUCCGCCCUGAACAGCCAAUGGCAUCCGGAUUGUUUCGUUUGUCGGGAUUGUCGCGAACCGUUCCACGGUGGUUCGUUCUUCGACCACGAGGGACUGCCGUACUGUGAGACGCACUAUCACGCAAAGCGAGGAUCGCUCUGUGCCGGUUGCUCCAAACCAAUUACCGGCCGUUGCAUUACGGCAAUGUUUAAGAAAUUCCACCCGGAGCAUUUCGUGUGCGCCUUCUGCCUGAAGCAGCUGAACAAGGGCACCUUCAAGGAGCAGAACGAUAAGCCGUACUGUCAUCAGUGCUUCGAUAAGUUAUUUGGUUAGAAGG